AGCACUUUCUAAUCCACAACAUCAAUCCCUGUUGUCUGGGUCUUGACUGUAACCAUCAGCUGGACAGAACAGCAGUUUGUCCAGUUUACAAUCAUCCAGACCAGAACAGACCAGAGCUGAUCAGAGAGGAUGGCUUCACCUCAGAAAGGAGACCUGUCAGCAUCUGAGAGGAAGAUCCUGCAAGUUAUUGCUGCUGGGGAUGUACAGGAGGCUGCCCAGCUGCUUGCUAGCAACGAAGUACGAGUCAACUGUUUGGAUGAGUAUGGCAUGACUCCACUGAUGCAUGCAGCCUAUAAGGGCAAGGCAGAUAUGUGUCAUCUGCUGCUUCAGCAUGGGGCCGAUGUCAACUGCAACCAGCAUGAAUACGGAUACACUGCUCUCAUGUUUGCUGGCCUGUCAGGGAAGACAGACAUCACUUCCAUGAUGCUGGACGCAGGAGCAGAGACAGAUCUAGUGAACUCUGUGGGUCGCACUGCUGCUCAGAUGGCAGCAUUUGUAGGUCAGCAUGACUGUGUAACAGUGAUCAAUAACUUCUUCUCACGGGCGAGGCUUGAGUACUACACCAGACCACAGGGGCUGGAGAGGGAGCCCAAGUUGCCCCCCAGGCUGGCAGGACCCCUGCACAAGAUCAUCAUGACCACCAACCUUAACCCGGUCAAGAUAGUCAUGCUGGUGAAGGAGAACCCUGUGCUGGUGGAUGUGGCGGCCCUGGAGAAGUGUUACCAGGUGAUGGACUUGCUAUGUGAGCAGUGUGUGAAGCAACAAGACAUGAACGAGGUUCUGGCCAUGAAGAUGCACUACAUCAGCUGUGUGCUGCAGAAAUGCUUGGCCUUCCUACAAAAACGAGACGACAAGCUGGACGCACUUGUCAAGAGUCUGUUGAAGGGCAGAGACAGUGAUGGCUUCCCACAGUACCAGGAGAAGUUCAUUCGUGAUUGCAUCAGGAAGUUUCCUUAUUGUGAGGCCACACUGCUUCAGCAGCUGGUGAGGAGCAUUGCACCGGUAGAGAUUGGCAACGACCCAACAGCGUUCUCCGUGUUGACCCAGGCCCUGACUGGUCAGAUGGCGUUUGUAGAUGCUGACUACUGUGCUACAUGUGGGGAGAAGGGAGCAGACAAGAGGUGCUCCCUCUGUAAAGCAGUGACUUACUGCAGCUUGACAUGCCAAAAGCUCCACUGGUUCACUCAUAAAAGGAUGUGCAGGUCUAUGCAGGAACAGGAUGCUGAUCUGGAUAAAGACACUCCAAGGUUCAAAGAAUUGAAAGAUGAUGAAAGUGACCUGGUGAUGGAGACGGCCAACUUCCUACAGGAGCUGUGUCUGCGGGCAGAGGAGAAGGUGGCCGCUGCUGGAGGCUGCCCCGCAGAGCUGCUGGCUUGUCCCUCCACCUCUGCCGAGGCACCACCCUUCACCCAAGACUGAGGAGGAAUAGCUGACUAAGGAUGUUGAGCUUUUUGUGAAUCCUCACAAAAGUUACAUAUGGAGAGGCGUGGCUGAACAGAGGCCACGUCAACGCGGUUAAUCCUGUUUGCAUAUUUCACACCUACCCUUGUAGUUUUAGAUAAUCAGUGAUACAGAAGCCUCUCAAGGUAACUUAUCAUACUGGCAGCUAAUUAUUAAAGUGCCCUAUGUUUAAGUGUGUAACUCUAUUUCUGUAUGUAUAUUUUCUUCACGUUCUAUCAAGUUUUUAGCAGGAUACCUCAAAACAUUGGUAAUGAUUUUGCAUGCAGACCUGGGGAAUGCUGGUCAAAACAAGAGAUUAAUAUGAAUAUACUCAGCUGACGUUAGACUGGGGUCCUUUGUUGUCGUUCCCUUCUUCAUUUCCUGUGAAUUACUAUGACUGUCGUUAUCUGAUAAGGGCAUAAAAAAAUAAUGAAUACAAGAGGUGUUGUUCAUAUAUACUAUCCUAUUGCCACAUAAGACCAGUGAUAUUGAACGAUUCUUCAAAACUCAGAUCAAUGACGACAUUUAUCAGCGAUCAACUUUUGUUGUGAAUGUUAUGGAACUGGUGUUUCGUGACUGUUAAGUUGCCUUGGUGAUAACUUUAUCUCUACUGGGGAGAAUGGAUGAUUUUGCACUGUUAACAGACGGGUAACAGUGUUAAAGCUGCAGUAGGUAACUUUUAUAUAAAUAACUCUUAGUCAUAUUUGCUGAAAUUUUCAGUGUUCUGACAGUAGUACAUAAGACAGAUAAUCUGCGACACAAUCUGGUUCCUCUGGCUCCUCCUAGUGCUCCUAAUGGCAUUUGCAAGAAUCCACCAGGCCCAGAAGAAAACAACCAAUCAGAGCCAAGAAAGAUAGAAAGAAGCUUUGGAUUGGAAGCUUGAAGAUUGUUUAUUGUUGAGUCUCAUUCUCAGAGUAUUUGGUAUUUGCCACCCUGGGACUAAGCCUCAACAAUCAACUAUCUUUCUUGGCUCAAAAUGAUCGUUUUUGUUCAGGUCCGGUGGAUUCUUGCAAAUGCCAUUAGGAGCACUAGGAGGAGCCAGAGGAAUCUGAUUUUGUCACAGGUUAUCUGUCUCAUGUACUACUAUCAGGAUAUAGUGAAAGUGUCAGCAGUUAUGACAAAGAAGUAUUUUUAUAAAAAUGACCUACAGCAGCUUUAAAUAAAUGUAAAUGUGUUGCACCACAGAAACACCAGGGAGGCCUAGUACAGUCAGGUGGGACAGCUGCUCUGGGCCAUCAGGGGCCUCAAAUCCAUAGUUCUCAGAGCCAGUAACGGGCUGGUUCCUGAUCUGUAGGUUAAAGGCUGCAACUUGUGAGUGCCAUUUUCAGUCCAGUGCAUAGUGAUAACCUCUAGUCAAAUCAAAUUUUCUUUUGUGCAUCCUUUAUUUCCAUUAUUGUCAAAGAUUGUACACCAGUUUGACUCUACGUGCAACAUAUGUCAGGUUGUGUACUGCAGUGUACAUUGUUGUUUUUAGGUGUCCCUAUACUGCGUCCCUGCAUAUAUCAUGAAGUAGUCCAGUCUUUAGUCUGGUUAGAAUAUAAAGCUGCAUGUUGUUUGUUGUAGCCAGUCACAUCAAAGAAAAACACACAUUUCAGUUCUGUAUGUAGGAGCUGACUCAGCUUUAUACAAAUGCAGUUUGUAAUUGUAUUCAUGAAAAAAACAUAAAUACUUGACUGUUUCCUGCAGUUUCCUGAACCAAACUGUAAAACUACAGUUGUGUCAUGGAUGCAGUAUUUCAUAAUGUAAACAUAACUGUGCUCUUUGUGCGGGCUGUAUUUAACAAAGUGAUGCGUAUUUUAUCUUUUUAGAUAAAUGUUUUUUGGUUGUCAUCUGCCUUAUCUUUUUAAAUUAAUAAAGUUUGUCUUCAUCAGAGGGACCGGGUAAAGUUAUUUUUACAGCUACAAUGACAUGCAGAUAUUCAUAAUACAGGCAACAAGUCAUUAUACUGUUAGGCCUUCAAAAGGCAAUCACAAGACAAAGCAAAGGUUGCUAAUUAAAGCUGCAGGUAGUAAUUUUUUUCAAAAUAAAAAGAAGCUUUUGUUCACAUUCAUAAA